AUGGCGCACGCCCGCAUCUCGGCAGAGCUGCCCCCAGACAUCGAUCCCACCAAAGCACCCCUGGCCUUCGGGGAGAGGGCCCUGCCCAAGCUCAACGAGGAGCUGCGGGCGCCCGAGCUGCUGACGCGGCAGCGGGCGCUCAUGGCCCUCUGCGACCUGCUCCACGACCCCGAGAACGUCUACCAGGCAAUACAGCUCGGAUUCUUGGACAACCUAAAAAUUUUGCUGCUAGAUAGUGACAGCACUGUCCGACAAAAAUCAACAGAAGCCCUUUACAUAAUGGCUACGCAUAAUGUUGGCAGGCACGGGUUUAUACAAAACAGAGUAAUUCCUGCCCUGGCUCAGCUAUUGGAUGAUCCAGUAGAUAUCUGUCGGAAGAAUGUACAUCAGUCCUUUGAAAUGAUGGCAAGAUUACCUGAAGGGGCUCUAGACAUGUUGCAGGCCGACCUGAUUCCCUCCCUGGUGUGUAAACUGAAGACUGAGCUGGACGAAAUCCAGGAGCUGAUCCUAGACACGCUCGCCAACUGCCUCUGUCUGGAGGCUUCAGACGCGCUGGCGAGUGGUGCCGUCACCACCCUGAAGGACAAGCUGGCACAUCCCUCCGCGGCCAUCAGAAGCAAAGCAGCUUGGGUCCUCUUAGGAAUCGGGAUCCAUCCAGAGGGCAAAACCACGGCGCUGGAAGAAGACAUCAUUCCUGUGCUGGUGAGCCUCUUAGAAGAUCCAGAGCCUGAAGUGCAAGCCAAAGCAGCAGGAGCGCUGAUGUUUGCCACCGUGACGCCUCAGGGGAGGUACUCGGCGCUGGGCGCCGACGCGAUUCCCCCGCUGCUGAAGCUGCUGGCGGCCGAGGCGAGCGAGGCGCGUCUGAGCGCCACCAAAGCGCUCACCAUGCUGGCCGAGCUGCCCGAGGGCCGCCAGAUACUGCUGGGGCACCUGGGCGCCUUCGAGCGCCGCCUGAGCGACCCCGCCGAGGCCGUGAGACGAGCGGCCGAAAUCGCCAUCCGCGUCAUCGAGUGGACGCCGUGA